GCCAGUAGUUACGCCAGAGUAGUAACAGAGAGAGCGGCGAAACUCUUCAAUUGAAAUCGUAACCGUAGGAACUAUAGGAAUACGAAGAGGCAGUCCAGCCAUGUUAUGAAAUUAGAUAUGAGUCUCAUAUCUCUUUUUCGAACGGGCCUUGUUUGAAAUCCGCAAAUAACAUUUGCAGAGACACAACUUGCAGAGGAAAGCUCCAAAAUGCUGCUUGUAAGGGUGCUUUGUGCCACUCUUUUAACUUUAUUGUUUUACAUCCAAGGUGUGGCGGGCAGCACAGAGUGCUCCUGUGGAAGGAACCAUUUCACUUGCGCUGUCAGCGCCUUCGGGGAGUGCACCUGCAUCCCAGCGCAGUGGCAGUGUGACGGAGACAAUGACUGCGGAGACCACAGUGACGAGGAUGGCUGCAUGCUGCCCACUUGUUCCCCCCUGGAUUUCCACUGUGACAACGGGAAGUGCAUCCGGCGGUCCUGGGUUUGUGACGGGGACAACGACUGCGAGGACGACUCGGAUGAGCAAGAGUGCCCUCCAAGGGAAUGCGAUGAGGACGAGUUCCACUGUCAGAACGGCUACUGCAUCCGCAGCCUGUGGCACUGUGAUGGGGACAAUGACUGCGGGGACAACAGUGACGAGCAGUGCGACAUGAGGAAGUGCUCAGACAAAGAGUUCCGUUGUACAGAUGGGAGCUGCAUCGCUGAGCACUGGUACUGCGACGGUGACACGGACUGCAAGGACGGCUCUGAUGAGGAGAACUGCUCCUCAGAUGCGAUGACGGCUUCCUGCAGUGUGGAAGAAUUCCAGUGCGCCUACGGCCGCUGCAUCCUGGACAUCUACCACUGUGAUGGGGACGAUGACUGCGGGGACUGGUCCGAUGAGUCUGACUGCUCCUCCCACCAGCCCUGCCGCUCAGUGGAGUUCAUGUGCAGCAGCGGCAUGUGCAUCAACGCAGGCUGGAGGUGCGACGGCGAGUUUGACUGUGACGACCAGUCUGACGAGAAGAACUGCACCACCUCUAUGUGCACUGCCGAUCAGUUCCGCUGCGCAUCUGGCCGCUGUGUGCGGUUGUCAUGGCGAUGUGAUGGUGAGGACGACUGCUCAGACAGCAGUGAUGAAGAUGGCUGUGAGAAAACGGACACGCCACCAUGUGCCCCUGACCAGUUCAUGUGCGGGAACGGCCGCUGCAUUGGCCAGAGGAAGUUGUGCAAUGGGGUCAGCGACUGCGGCGAUGGCACAGAUGAGAGGCCUCAUCAGGAGUGCAGUCCGAGGCUCAGCGAGGGGAGCUGCAGUGUGAACAACGGCGGCUGCACUCACAAGUGCCACAUGUCCCACGGGCUCGUCCAGUGCACCUGCCACACCGGCUACAGGCUGUUGGAGGAUGGCAGGUCAUGUCAAGAUGUGGACGAGUGUGCAGAGGAGGGCUACUGCAGCCAGGGCUGUACCAACACAGAGGGGGAGUUCCAGUGCUGGUGUGUGCAGGGCUACGAGCUGAGGCCUGACAAGCGCAGCUGCAAGGCGUUGGGCCCGGAGCCGGUCCUGCUCUUUGCCAAUCGGAUCGACAUCCGCCAAGUGCUGCCACACCGCUCCGAGUACACGCUGCUGCUCAACAACCUGGAGAACGCCAUCGCGCUGGACUUCCACCACAGCAAGGAGCUGGUGUUCUGGUCAGAUGUGACGCUGGACCGCAUCAUGAAGGCCAACCUCAACGGUAGCAAUGUGGAGGAGGUGGUGUCCACCGGCCUAGAGAGCCCAGGUGGACUGGCCAUUGACUGGAUCCACGAUAAGCUGUACUGGACAGACUCUGGAACGUCCCGCAUCGAGGUUGCCAACUUGGAUGGGACGCACAGGAAGGUGCUGCUGUGGAAGAGCAUGGAGAAGCCCCGCGCCAUCGCCCUGCAUCCCAUGGAGGGAAAGAUCUACUGGACUGAUUGGGGCAACACCCCGCGCAUCGAGUACGCCGACAUGGAUGGCUCCAACCGCCAGGUUAUCGCAGACACGCACCUCUUCUGGCCCAACGGGCUCACCAUCGACUAUGUCGGCCACCGGAUGUACUGGGUGGAUGCCAAGCACCAUGUCAUCGAACGGGCGGACCUGGACGGGCAGAACAGGAAGGCUGUCAUUAGCCAAGGCCUGCCCCACCCCUUUGCCAUCACAGUGUUUGAGGACAGCUUGUAUUGGACUGACUGGCACACCAAGAGCAUCAACAGUGCCAACAAGUUCACCGGGAAGAACCAGGAGAUUAUUCGCAACAAGCUGCACUUCCCCAUGGACAUCCACACCCUGCACCCACAGAGGCAGCCCGCAGGUGGCCGGAACCGCUGCGGGAACAACAAUGGGGGUUGCAGUCACCUGUGUCUCCCCAGCAACAAGACCUAUACCUGCGCCUGCCCCACUGGCUUCAAGAAGGUGGACAACUACAACUGCGCUGAGAGUCUUGACAAGUUCCUGCUUUUUGCCCGAAGGACGGACAUCCGUCGGAUCAGCUUCGACACAGAGGACAAGUCGGACGAUGUCAUCCCACUGGCGGAUGUGCGCAAUGCAGUGGCGCUGGACUGGGACGCCAAGGAGGAGUACAUCUACUGGACUGACGUCACCACCGACUCCAUCAACCGGGCCAAAUGGGAUGGCUCCAAACAGGAGAUUGUUGUUGACACCAGUCUGGAGAGCCCAGCUGGUCUUGCUAUUGACUGGCUGACUAACAAGCUAUACUGGACUGAUGCAGGUACAGACCGUAUUGAGGUGUCCAACACUGAUGGCAGCAUGCGCACUGUGCUGGUCUGGGAGAACCUGGACAGGCCCCGGGAUAUAGUGGUGGAUCCAAUUGGACGACACAUGUAUUGGACAGACUGGGGAGCCAGCCCAAAGAUCGAAAGAGCAGGAAUGGACGCUUCCAACCGCAUGGUCAUCAUCUCCUCCAACCUGACCUGGCCCAAUGGCCUGGCCAUCGAUUACCAGACUGAGAGGCUGUACUGGGCUGAUGCAGGCAUGAAGACCAUCGAGUAUGGCAACUUUGAUGGCUCCGAGAGAAAUGUGCUGAUUGGCACUCAACUGCCCCAUCCCUUCGGCCUGACCCUCCAUGAGGACAGGAUCUACUGGACGGACUGGCAGUCCAAGAGCAUCCAGAGCGCUGACAAGCACACGGGCCUGGGCCGGGCCGUGCUGGCUGAGAAUCUGGAGAACCUGAUGGACAUCCACAUGUUUCACCGGCACCGCUCGAUGGUUCGGACACCGUGUGAGGUGAACAACGGGGGCUGCAGUGACCUGUGUCUCUUGGCCCCCCUUCCCAAGGGCUUCAGCUGUGCUUGUCCCACUGGCAUAAACCUCCAGGCAGAUGGCAGGACCUGCUCAGAUGGAAUGAACAGCUUCCUGAUUUUCGCGCGGAGGACAGACAUCCGCAUGGUCUCCUUGGACAUCCCCUACUUUGCUGAUGUAGUGCUGGCAGUGAAUGGGUCCAUGAGGAACACCAUUGCCAUCGGCGUGGAUUCUAAAGAAGGAAAAGUGUACUGGUCUGACAGCACACUGAAAAAAAUUAGCAGGGCUAAUUUAAAUGGCACAGAGUAUGAAGAAGUUAUUUCAACUGGACUGAUGACCACAGAUGGUUUGGCUGUAGACUCUGUGGGCCGGAAGAUCUACUGGACUGACACCGGUACCAAUCGCAUAGAAGUGGCCAAUCUGAAUGGAUCCAUGAGAAAAGUCUUGAUCUGGCAGCACCUCGACAGCCCUCGGGCGAUUGCACUUUAUCAUGAGAUGGGGUAUAUGUAUUGGACAGACUGGGGAGAGCAUGCCAAACUGGAGCGUUCCGGUAUGGACGGGUCGGACCGGGUUGUCCUCAUCAGCAGCAAUCUGGGCUGGCCCAAUGGGUUGGCCAUCGACAAGGCCGGCUCCCAGCUUCUCUGGGCCGACGCCCACACUGAGCGCAUUGAAGCAUCAGACCUGAGUGGGGCCAACCGGCGGACACUGGUGUCGCCUGUCCAGCACCCUUAUGGGCUGACCCUGCUCGGGCCACAUAUCUACUGGACAGACUGGCAGAGCCGAAGCAUCCAGAGGGCUGACAAGACCAAUGGGGGCAACCCUAUCACAGUGAGGGGAAACCUGCCCGGGCUAAUGGACAUCCAGGCCGUGGACAGAGACAGGCCUCUGGGGUUCAACAGGUGCAGCCGGGAGAACGGGGGCUGCAGCCACCUGUGCCUGCCCAGCCCUAACGGGACGAGCUGCGCGUGCCCCACGGGCAUCCUCCUGAAGGAGGACGGGCGCUCGUGCGACGACAGCCCUGAGACCUACCUACUGUUCUCCAACCGCGUCAGCGUGCGCCGCAUCUCGCUGGACACGCCUGACUACACCGAUGUGCAUGUACCCAUUCCUGAGCUGCACAACGUCAUCUCACUGGACUACGACAGCGUGGAGGGAAAGGUCUACUACACCGAUGUCACCCUUGACGUCAUUAGACGAGCCAACCUAAAUGGCAGUGGCAUGGAGACUGUCAUUUCUCAGGGCCUAAAGACCACAGAUGGCCUAGCCGUGGACUGGGUGGCCCGAAACAUGUACUGGACUGACACGGGCCGGAACACCAUCGAGGUGGCCCGACUGGAUGGCUCCGCCCGUAAAGUGCUCAUUAACAACAGCCUGGAUGAGCCCAGAGCCAUUGCUGUUUUUCCCAGCAAAGGGUACUUGUUUUGGACGGACUGGGGUCAUGUGGCUAAGAUUGAGAGGGCUCAUUUGGAUGGGUCCGAUCGAAAGGUUCUGAUCAACACUGACUUGGGCUGGCCAAAUGGGCUCACCCUAGACUAUGACACACGCAGGAUAUUCUGGGUGGAUGCUCACCUGGACCGCAUUGAGAGUUCAGACCUGAAUGGGAAACUUCGUCAGAUCCUGGUCAGCCCGGUGUCCCACCCCUUCGCCCUGACUCAGCCAAGGCGGGUGUCGUCCGCACUAACCCCUCUCUCCCACCUCUCGCAGCAAGACCGCUGGAUAUACUGGACAGACUGGCAGACCAAGUCCAUCCAGCGCGUAGACAAGCGCACCGGCCGCAGCAAGGAGACCGUGCUGGCCAAUGUCGAGGGCUUGAUGGACAUCAUUGUGGUGUCACCACAGCGACAGAGUGGUACCAACCACUGUGGUGUGAACAACGGCGGCUGCACUCACCUCUGUUUUGCCACCACCAGCAGCUUUGUAUGUGCCUGCCCAGAUGAGCUCGACAGUAGGCCCUGCUCCACCAUUCCAGGUUUCAUUCCCACAUUGGCCGACCGCAGCGGCGCCAGCACCUCCUCACCCAACAGCAUUCCCAAAGCUGCCACCAACAAGCCGAAUCUGGGACCCCCCAUGGUCAAUUGCACAGACAAAAUGUUGACCCUGGAAGCCUGCGUACAGAGUAACGUGGUCACAGCCUCACAAGGGGCUAGCAUCCACAUCAGUUAUGUCAUUGGAGGUGCCCUGACUGUCCUAACCAUCCUGAUCCUUAUAGCUGUGUAUAUCAUAUACAGACACAAGAAGUCAAAGUUUGCAGACCCAGGUGUGAGUAAUCUUACCUACAGCAAUCCUUCAUACAGAACAUCUACGCAAGAGGUCAAAAUAGAAACUGUGCAAAAGUCGCCUAUUUAUAACCAACUUCGGUAUAAGAAAGAGGUGAGCAGCGACAGCAACUACACAAAGGAGAAGAUAAAAAUUGUGGAGGGCAUCUACCUGCUGUCCAGUGAGGAGCUGUACUGGGAGGACCUAAAGCAGAUCAAGCCAUCACGAGGAGGGCUCCACGUGUGCAUGAAGACGGACACAGUGUCCAUACAGGCCAGCAGCGCCUCCCUGGAUGACACCGAGACGGAGCAGCUGCUGCAGGAGGAGCAGUCAGAGUGCUCCAGCAUCAACACCGCCCUCGCGGCCACACCUGAGCGCCACUCAGCCUUGCCUGACACCGGCUGGGCCCCACCCUGCAAGCCGUCCACAGAGAGCGAGGUCUGAGCUCCCCACCGUCCCCUAACGCCUGCAUCAGACUUCUCACCUUCCCACCACCUCCCCCUGUCUCCUCAACCUGCUUCCAACCACAAGCUGGCUCACCGCUGCCCCCUCAGGCAAAGACUGAGAGACGCUAAUGAACUUGCUUCACUAACUGGCAGAAAAAAGUGAUAUGCUGAGAAGGAGAAUUGUGAAAACUGAUGUGUCUGGAACCGUUUUAAGACAUAAAAGAACUCUUUUUAGAAUGUGUUUUAUGUACAAUAUGAGCUUUUUGUGGUUUUUGAGAAACAAUAAAUGUUCCAGGACUGAUUUGCAAAAAUGUAUUUUGAUGCCACUCAUCAUUGUCAUUAUGAGCUCUAUUUAUGAACUUUUUGUACGCUGGAAUGGUUUAUUGAUAUAAAAAGUAAUGAAAAUAAUGACAGUUUAAACAACUCAUUCAUUCUCAAAAAUACAUUGCUAUAUUUAUGUCAGUGCCAAAGUGCAGUGGUAUUUACUCAGACAAGGCCUACUUGCUUUUUUCCUCCAGUAAGGGUGUUUACAGAGUAGCUAACUAGUAUACUCCACAUUACGGGUGAAUUACCCCAUUGAGAGUUCAGAGCAGAUUUACUGAAUGGAAUGCAAGCGCAUUCAGAACAGUACAUUCACUCAAUGCAGAAGUAAUGCAGAAGCGACAAUUUUGGAAUUGUGUCCAUGUCUGAUACUUGGAGAAAGCAGUUUCAAUGAAGUAUAAGUGCCAAACAUUUUAAUUGUAUUUAUAAAGUGCAGGGUUGUGUAGUAUGCUUGGCAUUUCAGACAGUAUGUUCAAACUAGAUCUACACUUGCUGUAUCUGUAAAACAUUGUGCACUUGGAGUAUAUCACCUACCACUGUAGAAAUAUUUAGGUCUCAAAAUGUAACCUCUGUGAUGCUAUGUAGAAUCUACAGCUACAAUUACCACAAGAAGCUGAGAAGUACCAGAACUGCAUAAGCUUUAUUUCUACAGCAAUAAUAAGACUUGUAAAAUUGCUCUUAUGAAGAAACCAUCUUUUACAAGAUUAGGGGAGGGGUAAA